AUGAAUUUCGACAACAAUUUUCUAUCGCAGGACGAUACAGCCGAAAUUUCUCCAAUGAUAAACCAACAAAGUUCCUUCUUGUCCGAUUUAGAUCAUGAUGUUAUCAAUUCCCAGUUCGUAACACCCAAUCCCAACACCAAUACAUUCAACAAUAACACUUUUAAUAACGAGCAGUUAAGUGCUUACCCACCUUAUGACUUUUUUGAUCUUUUGGAUUUCGAAGCUGAUAAAACCACUAGUCUACAGACUCCAAAAUCGUCGGUGGAUCCCACAUUCGAUCAACCUUUAGGCGGUACUAAUUUUUCAACUAAAACAACCCCAGCAAUAAUACCCACGGGGACAUUCCCACCAUUUUACUCAGAGAAUAGAAACAGCUCACACACAAAUGUCACAAUUCAAACCCAAGCUUCACCAAUUGUUCCAAAUAUAAUGAAUGCACAGAGUUACAACACUGUUGAUAAUUUCAGUGAACCAAUGUUGAGUACACCAAGUUCCCUGACUGGAUUAAGAAACUCACCUCAACAGUUUACUUCACCUUCACAUUCACAGUAUCAAAUAAUGCCAAAGUCAAAGUCUGGACCAAUUGGCCUCGGGUUGAAUACGGAACUGACAAUAGCCACUCCUCAAGCUCCUCCUCCACCACCACAAAUACAGCUGUUUCAGAAUGUGCAGAGACAAUCUCCAUUACAGCAAGCUUUUCCCUCGCAGCCUCCUUUGCAACUACAAACCCCUAUGACUAAACUUUCUCCUUAUGAAAGGGCCAAUGCUAUGUUUCAACAACAAAUUCAACAACAAGAUUUUGUUCAACUACAAAAUGACCUCGAAUCAACGCGGAAGUUUAGAUCUGAACUGAGCCUAAACUUACAAGCAUUGAUAAAGGAGGAAAAAGAGAAGCUAAAUACUUUCAAUGCUUCAAAAAGGGUGGAGCUGCCAAAGCAACGGAUGUCCAAACAUAGAAGGUCAUCUGCAAGAACAAUUGAAAUUAAGGAGCAAAAUGAUACCCUCGAGGAGUCAUUUACAAAUCAGAAUAUUGCAAAUUUGCCAAACCAAGUGUCCACCCAGAAUGGCCCAUUUACGCAUAAAGGUGAUGAUAUAGAUUCUCCCACCACAAUUGAGAUAGCAAGUCCCCAAUCUUCAAUUGAUGAUUUCUCGAGUAAUUCAAAUGUCACUGGCAAAUUUUUUGAAAGCAAAAACAUCACUGCCGAAGAAUUGCUCAAUGAUGAUCAUUUUGAAAAUUUGGUUACACAGCGAUUAGAUACAAAGGACUUUUUUGCCGAUAUGGUUGAUUUAGACCACAACGUUGACAUUGAAUUGAAUGAUCCUGCUUACAAUUUGAAAGACACUUUGAUUUCAGACAACACAGCCUUGCCGAAAUCGCAAUCAAAUAGUGUUGGUGUUGGUUCCACUCCCAAAAAGAAGAAGCCUCCAGUUUCAUCUACAUCAUCAUCAUCAGCGAACAAAAAAAAUACUAAAAAGGUGUUGAAGAAGUCGUCGUCAUUCAAUGGGUCCCCAUCUCUUAUACCAAAUCCAAAAUUUUCCAAAACAAGAACACAAGUCAAGACAAUUUCCCCGUCAUAUGGCGGUGCUAGCAUAGGAACUUUUCCGGUAGUCAACACUUCUGGUAACACCUCCACAAAAGGUCAUUCGUCUACAUCCACUUCACCACAAAAGCGUUCGGUAUCUUGUAGUCAAGCCGACAUGAUCAGUUCAAUGCCUGUUCUUACUAUGGGUAAUCAUUAUUCAUUUAUAUAUGAGCACGCAAAGGAUGGGAGGUUACACAAUGGAGGUGGUCCUGUUGGUGGAAGUGGUCCCGGAGGUCAUGUUGGUAGAAGUACGAGUCAUCAUCGAAGUUUAUCAGGGCGACGGUUGAGUAGCUUCCAAGAGAAAAACUUCAGCCCCAAUGCCCAAUCGAAAAUGUUUGAGUUUCAAGUCGAGUUGAAGAAAUAG